GGUUCAUGACAUCUUCGAAAAAUCUUGAAAAUGGAUUCGAUUUCUACACCCAAAACUUCACAACUUCGAACUCCACAAAGCUAUACCAAGUGAAUAGUUUCAACUUGGAGAAAUCAUCUUUCACCUCGAACGCCAACUUAUUCCACGACAAGCUCUCAAAUCUGGGUGGAAGACCCAUUCGAACCGGAAUAGUGGACUACGUUCCGUACGUUACGAGUGAAUUCGUCGGUGCGGCCGGGGGGAACGUCGAUGUUGUCAACUCUAGCCAAUCGAGAGAGUUGCUGAUUGACGGAUCGGAAGGCAUUUUGAUGGUCGAGUUUUGCAGGAUGUACAACUGCAAUCUUAAGGUGUGGGCUUAUGGAGCAGAUAACUGGGGAUUCAUUGAUGAUGCCGAGAACGGCGAAGGAAUGCUUUAUUCGCCACUGAUCAAUGAAACUGAAAUUGUUAUUAGCACAGUUUUCUACCAGUGGUUUGCUAAACUUUCAUUUGAAAUAAUUCGGAUAAACAUGUUUCAACAAAAUUACAGGGUUUACAAGUUCUUGGACUACAGCAGUCCAAUUGUUUUUGCAUCCAUCUUGAUCAUGGUUCCAAGGGCAAAACUCUUGCCAACCGUGUUGACACCGCUGUAUCCGUUCGAUCCCUCACUAUGGCUUACGAUAUUCAUAUCAUUAAUAGGGAUGACGGUAGUUCACUAUGGUAUCAGCACACUGAAUCUGUUUGGAUCACCAAAACCUCGGUUUGAAAAGUCAAUCUUUGAUAUGAUCUCCAUUUACUUGGACCAAGCGAUCACACAUAACAAAAGCACCCUAUCGUAUCGAGUACUAAUAGCAUGCGUACUUCUGUCCGGUGUGGUAAUAAGCAAUUCUUACUCAGGAGGACUCGCAAGCGUUCUGACCGUUCCAAGAUAUGGCAAAUCCCUUGAGACCAUCCACGACUUCGCCCAGAGUCCGUACCGCUGGGGAGAUCCGGCAAUCGCUUGGGUUCUUGCGAUUGUUGAUGCGGAAUCAGUCGAUCUGAAAACUGUCGUCAAAAAGUUUGACAACAUCCCCGACGUCGAGCAACUGUACCGGCGCACCCUACCCGGAGACUUUGGCAUCGGAAUCGAGUUCCUAACCUGUCAGAAGAUAAACGUUGGACCGUACAUCCGCGAGGACAACGUGCACCUGUUUGAGCUGCCCAAGGAGAUGCUGUACUACAGCUACACCACGGUUGCAUCCCAACGGGGUUGGCCUAUCAUGGACCGGCUGAGCCACUUCAUUCUGGUGGCCAACCAACACGGACUCGUGCUGCACUGGGAAAAGCGAAAUUUACGCAGAUUUCAAACGACGCGGCUGGAGGUGGCGCUGGAUCCAGCUAAUUCCGGGUGCCAGAAGGACGUCGAGGUUCAGGCGCUGACUGUGGAACAUAUUUUUGGACCUAUGUUUAUCCUGUUUGUCGGAGCUGCCUUCGCGACUGGGACAUUUUUGCUGGAGGUCAUAUGGCAUUCACUUUGGUUGAGUUUUGGAAAGUGGAAGCAGAAUGGUUAAAGUCUUGAUUACUUGUUUAUAGUAGCUGCCUCGGUCUAGUACAAAACAAUUUGUUAGACA